AUGCAGCUUCUGAGAUGUGGCGGCUGCAUUCCUGACGAUUUCUGGUGCACAAGUUGGUUUGGCAGGGGCAACAGAACGUGGGUCUCUGCAUGGCGACGCGCUUCGAAGCCGCCGGCGCCUCUUGCCCGCUUUCAUGCUGGACACCCAAGAGAUAGAAGGCUGGAAGAUGACUACGAGCUUCAGGAUGAGAUCCUUGGAACUGGGUCAUCGGGAAGCACCCGACUCGUAACAAGUAGGAUCGAUGGACGCAAGUAUGCCUUGAAGACCUACGACAAGAAGGGAAUGACCGAAGGCCAGUACAGACACCUGAAGAAGGAAUUCGAAGUUUUUCUGGCGGUGGACCAUCCAAACAUCGCACAAGUGUGCGAUGUCUACGAAUGGGAGGAUGGCAUUGCGCUCCUUAUGGAGUACUGCUCCGGCAAGGAGCUGUUGCAGCGCCUUGAGGCUGAAGCUGUCUACAGCGAAGCGGAUGUUGCAAAGGCAACGGUCCAGAUUAUCCUAGCUGUCAAGUACCUCCAUGCGCACAACAUCGUCCACGGCGAUCUGAAUCUGUUCAGCUUCCUGUACGAGUCAGCAGAGAAAGAUGCCCACCUAAAACUGCGUGACAUCGGACUUUGCGAAACCUUGGAAGAUGCUAUCAUGAAAAUGAAAGCUUGCACUUCCACCAUGCCGUUCCGCAGUCCAGAAGUCAUCAGCAGCAAGGAAUGCACGAGCCAAUCCGACCUUUGGAGCGUUGGUGUUGUGGUCUUCAUGCUGCUUGCCGGUCGACCUCCAUGGAGUACCUUAAGAGGACUGGAUGGCAUGCGCAGGGACAUCGCGAAGGGCCUGGUGCAGUGGGACCUGCUUCAGAACGCCUCUAAUCACGCGAGGGACUUCGUUCAAAAGCUUCUGGUCACCGACCCCAUGCAGCGCAUGACGGCAGAUGCAGCUCUUGAGCACAUUUGGAUUAUCAACGGGAGACAGGAGUUAUCGAGCCCCACCAUCAGAAUCACAGUUCGACACUGCGGAAGUGGAGAAGAGAUAUGCAAGGUGUGGGUAAAGCUCGAUGAUCCGGUCUCCAAAGUGUUGGCAACGGCAUUGGAAGCAGCAGACCGGAAGAACGGCUGCCUCUUGUUGGAGUCGGAGGCGCUAAAUGCCGAGGCCACUGUUGAAGAUGCAGGCGUGCGUGAUGAAGUUUUCCUCGUCGUGGUCACGGAAGAUGAUGUCGAUUCAAAGGUGGACGGGUUCUGGGAGCAGAAGCAGCAGCUAGAGCAUUCGCUCAGCUUCAAGCAGAGACACCUCGGAGCAAAUCAUCCGGAGGUUGUGUCCACACUGAAGAAGCUCGGAGACGUGCUGGAAAAAAUGAAUGAUUUUCGCCAAAUGGCCGAAGUUUUGCAGAGAUGUGUCAACAUUGAGGAAGAGCAGCAUGGCUAUGAGCAUCCAGAGAUGCCGGCCACACUUUUCAAGCUCGGAGUUGCGUACGGAAAGCUGGGCGACCACCGCAGGCGGGUUCACUUGCUGGAAGAUUGUGCGAAUCUUCAGGAGCAGCGACUUUGGGAGGACGACUCCAGAAAGUCUGACUUAGCAGAGACACUGCUCGAACUGGGAAUGGGGUAUGGGUUUCUUGGGGAGCAUGAGAAGCAGGCUAAGCUCUUGGAACGUGGCUUACAGAUGGUCGAGAGCCAUCAUGGCACAGAUCAUCCAAAAGCGAUACCGUUUCUGAGGGAGCUCGGAUCGGUCUACGGGGGUUCGGGUGAGGAUGGAAAGGCGAAGAGCUUCCUGGAACGCUGUGAGAGCAUCGAAAAACGAGGUCGUGAUACUUCUCGAGCAGAAUGUGAGAUCUCGCCUCCGACAAAGACAGCAGUCACGCAUGACCAGGUGGAUGGUUUGCUCGUCACACUGGGACAACACGACUUUGCACAGAUCCGGCAUGGAGUGGUGAUGGUCUCGAGAAGGCAUUCGCGUGCCAGGUUCGAGAUUACGGGCUUGGAAGAAUGCCCAAAGCUGCCGGCGAACGUGUGUCCUUUGAGCCCUGUCCUGAAGCUUCUGCCGCACGAGACUCGCUUUGAUGAGGAGCCGGUACUUCUUAUCAUCCGUGUCUGCAUGGGUGCUCAGGCAGUCUGGCGUUCAUCGUCGGAUGGCGGUUGGGAGUCGCUUCCGGAUGCGAAGUUCUAUCCAGGACACGCCGUGCUGUGGCUGGAUCAUUUUUGCGAGCUCUUUGUCGGAACUGAUGGUACCUGCGCUCCAAAGCCGCGGGGAGUGUUGGUCCGAGGCUUCAUGGACGGAACCACAGGGAGGGGAAAAUGUGCAGUUCUGCACGCAAACUGUCCAUCUUGUACCCAGCAACUAGAGCCGAUGUCUGACUACCGCGUGGACCCCAACGUGUUAAGGGGUUUCGAUGAGUGCGGGCCGGCGUUUUGCGCAGGCUCCUACAGCCAUGGAGACAGACUCACCAUAGCACAGGAUCAACAUGAUCAUCAAGAUAUUGCUUUGAACUUCAACAGGUUACCACUCGUCACCAGCCGAUGCUUUCAAGCUCAGCAAACACAGUUCGAGGUUGAGAUUGCUGACACGGUCCAUGCCUUCAGGCUGCACGAAGAGUUUUCGACGGUGCUAUCGAAAGUGGCCUCGCCAGCAGCACCACCGCCGCCACCAACAACAACACCACGGACGGAGGAUUGUAGCAUAACGCCUUCGCCUCCGCCACCGCCGCUGCCACCGCUGUACGGACAAGAAGUCGGAAAUGCUGCCGGAUUGCAUCUGAUUCUGCCUUGGCAAAGUGAUGUGGAGGUCUACACGGCGGAGGAGCCUCACACCUUCCUGAGCACAGGUGAGCUGGAGGCUGGCCGAUUGCACAUUGCGGAACUGUUGCAGCAAGCUCAUGCCGACAGCGGCGAGAAUGCCGGGCUCCUUCUCCAGGUGGUGCCACCACCUCCGCCACCUCCGCCGCCUCCAGAUGAAGAGCAUCAGCCGGACCCUCCAACUCAAGCACCUCCCCCACCACCCGCCGGACCUCAAUCUUCACAACGAAGAAACUUGAUGAUCUCUGGUCGGUUCAACGAUCAGCAGAAGAUGAAUUACAUGAGGCAGGUCAAUGACAUGCUUCGGGACAGGUCUGUUCCCGUUGAUAUGGUGAGGGCCAACUUUGCUGGCGCCACGUUCGGAGACCAAACGGCGCGGCUCUUGUACAAGGCCAAAGCACUGCUGCCUUUCUGUACCUGGGACUACGGAGAGAAAACUGGCGCGCAGUAUGAAACCUAUAUAGAGCUCCAAUAUGCUCACCAGAACAAGCUCGCCAUUCUGCCAAUCCAGCUCUGCCAUGACUUUCCACCCUGCCCCAAAGAUGAGGAAGGCCGGGCACUGAAUGCCUUGGUAUUUCGGAGUGACUUGGUGCGCAUCAUCGACAAGGACAUGUCCGACCCGGAGAGGGUUGCUGCGGAGAUUUGUGAUGCCUGGUUCACAGCGAUCCAGCAUAUGUGA